UGGUAGACCUGGGGUAAGGGGAAUAACUCGUACACAUACACUUGGUGUCAUUGAUGCGUUUUAUUACGGCCCUUAAUUUCAAGCAUCUGUGUACACAGAUCGUUUACCUUGGAUACUGUGACAGACGCUGAUUAACAACAAUGAGAGGUUUGUUCCAAUCGAAAAUAAAAUCUAAACGCUCGAACUUUUUUAAAAAUUUAAACAGGUCUAUUAACUUACAAAACGCUAAUGACCAUACUUAUGUAAAACAUAAUUACAUCGAUAUCGGGGCUGAAGAGGAAGUGGAGGAUGAAAUCGAAGGAAUGGUGAUAGACAAUGAUUGGCAAGUUGGCAGACGCAUCGUAGAAUUGGGUGUCCUGGCGGAAAAGAUGUACUGUUGUAGGUGCAAUGUUCCUUUGCACCUGCAUGAUACCAUCCAUGAAAGAACAACAGGAUUUGGCAGUUAUCUCCACAUAAUGUGCACCAACCAAGAAUGCCGAACAGUGACAGAUGUGCCAACUGGAAAAGUCGGUCCAACUGGAUCAUUCAAUAUCACUGCCAAGAUAGUUAUAGGAAUGAUACAUGCUGGCCUAGGAUAUGCACAAAUAAGAAACUUUCUGACAGAGUGUAACUUGCCAGUGAUGAGUAAAUCUUGCUUCCAAAAACAUGAGAAGAAAAUUGGAAAAAUCUUUGUGUCUGCUGCUGAAGAAUCAUGUAAGAAUGCCCAACAACUGGAAAAGGAAAUUUCUGCAGAUAAGGAGUUGGAGCUUGAGGUCAGUUUUGAUGCAGGUUGGCAGAAACGGGGAUCCGGAUUUAAUUACAAUAGCUUAACAGGACAUGCUUCAAUGACAGGAAAGCAAACAGGGAAAGUGACCUGUUAUGAUAUCAGAAGUAAAAGUUGUAAAUUUUGUGAGCAUCAUGAGGGAAAGAAAGACACAGUUCCAAGUCAUGACUGCUGUAGAAAUUGGUAUGGGUCUAGCAAGUCUAUGGAACCAGAUAUGGCUGUUUCCAUGGCACAUAAGAUGAAUGAUAAUGAAUGCCCGAUUGAUGUAAUUCAUGCUGACAAUGAUUCUACUACCAUGUUAAAACUGAAACUGGACUUUGAAAACUUGAAGAAAAAGGACGACCAAAAUCACACUACAAAGGGAAUAACAAAAUCACUGAUUGAAUUGUCUAAAAGGCACAAGGAGCUGAAGCCAGGAGAAGUAAUUCCCUAUUUGAACCGAUGUUUCAUGUAUGCUAUAACACAGAACAGCAGUAGUGAACUUGAAAUUGAUGAGGGUCUUUCCAGAAUUGUUCCCCAUGUCUUUGGAGAUCAUGAAUUGUGUGGUGCAGUAGACUGGUGUACAUUUAAAGAUGAUCCUAUAUCUUUCAAAUAUAAAAGUCUUCCUAAUGGAAAGCCUCUGAUUAGUGAAGAUUUGAGGAGAGAUUUAGAGAAUCUUAUAGAGAAAUAUAAGAGCAAAGCAUCUUCACUCAGAAAUUUAGGAUCCACACAGGCUAAUGAGAGCUUCAACCAUUCUCUGACCUUUCGUUUAAAACAGGCAUUUGGGUUCACGAAUACAUGUCUGUUUUUAAAGAAAGCAACUUGUUUUUCUUUUUAUUAAGUAGUGCAGUGAA